GUUGAGUUUAAUUUCGAUCUCUAGCGGGUGUGGUUCAAUAAAAUUAGUGCGGAUAUGACGGCGGAAACGAAUACGGGUCCGAUGGUCGGCCAACGUCAUUUGCAGACCUUCUUGCUCUUCCUAUCGAUUGUGGUUAACUACAUGGCCAAGUUCAAUGCUGGAGUUGCGGUUGUGGCAAUGACAAACGCUGAUAACACUAACCCAAACUUUCCAGAGUACGAUUGGAACGAAAUGGAUCGAUCCUACAUCCUGUCCAGCUUCUUCUGGGGCUACAUAAUGACACAGUUUAUGGGCGGAUGGCUGUGCCGGCGCUAUGGAGCCAGGAUCACGAUGUUCGUGUCCACCAUGGGUUCAGCCCUGCUGGUUGCCCUCAUCCCAUGGUGCGUGUCCUGGGGCGGCUGGCAAGCGUACUGUGGCAUUCGGAUGGCCAUGGGCCUGUUCCAGGGUUUCCUGUUCCCCUGCAUUCACGCCCACCUGGCGAACUGGUGUCCUGUGCAGGAGCGAAACCGAUUGGGAGCGCUGGCCAACACGGGUAUCGAUUGCGGCACCUUGGUGGCCAUGUUUGCGAGUGGAUUAUUGGCUGCCUCCAGCAUCGGCUGGCCCGGCAUCUUCUACGUGUCCUGCGGAGUGGGCGUUUUGUGGUGCAUCCUCUGGUGGAUUUUCGGAGCCAACCAACCCAAAGAGUCCAAGUUCAUUGGCGAAGCGGAACUGAACUACAUUGAGACUUCAAUCAACUCCAGUCGCAAGGCGGAGGAGGCAGAGCUUAAGGCCACUGGACCCAUUCCGGUGCCAUGGAAGGCGAUUUGGACAUCGGUUCCCUUCUGGGCCUUGAUGAUCACUAGGUGCUGUCAGUCCUGGGGAUAUUCCACGCUCCAGACCGAGAUGCCUGCCUAUAUGAACGGUGUCCUUUUGAUGGAUAUGAAGAGCAAUGCUCUUUACUCCGCCCUUCCCUAUUUCGCAUCCUGGAUUAUGGCCUUUGUGUACCUGAUCAUCGCGGAUAUCCUGCUGACCAGGGGCAUCAUGUCCAUCACUGGCAUUCGCAAGAGCGUCAAUUCGAUAGCGUUCUUUGUGCCCGCCGCAGCUCUGAUUGGAGUCAGCUUCCUGGACAGUACGCAGAAGACCCUGGCAGUGGUGCUGAUGUGCACCAAUGUGGGAAUCAACGCUGGCUCCACCAUUGGUAGCACCAUCAACACCAUCGACUUGUCACCUAAUCACGCUGGCAUUCUCAUGGGCAUUGUAAAUACGGCGGCGAACACUGUGCCCAUUCUGACGCCUCUUCUCGUGGGAAUCAUCGUCAAGGAUGAUCACGAUCGAGAGCAGUGGCAGAUUGUGUUCAUUAUAUCCGCCAUCAUCUUCUGUGUGGGCAACAUUGUGUAUGUGAUCUUUGGUCAGAUGGUCAAUCAGCCCUGGGAUGCACCCGACUUUAUGGAUAAGCAGCGAUCCUCCAAUCUUCAAGAGGUUGGGCUUUCCAAGGCUCUGGAGGCACAGCGGAGUGAGAAAGUGGAGGAGGCGAAGCGCAAGGAAAGUGAAGCUGCCUAGGAGAAGAAUGAAUCCAAUGAAACUGGGGGUACCAAGGAGAACUGAGCAGCAAGGACGAAAUUUGAUGUCAUAGGAUAACAAAAUAACCUAUACCUCGAAACCCCCUAGGUAUUUUAGUCACGGCUGGUCCGGAGUAGCUUUAAAUAAGUCAAUUGUGUUCCCAAUGAGUACUUUAAGAUGUAAAUAUAGAAACUAUAUGUGAAGAAUCCCACGACCUUGUCGAUUUACCCUACGGAAGCAAGCGCACCAAGGCAUCAUGUCAAUUCAUUAUCAAUGAACACUGAUUACUAUACGAACUUCGGAGUACUGAUCGUAAAUAAGCAAUUGACGUGUGUAUUAUGUGAAAAUAAGAUCGAUCGCUUCUCCAAUUAA